UGAGGCGGUUUGUGUAAAUGCCCGGAUGUGUGGUACAAGCACACACGUACCACACAAGAUAAAAAGCACAUGUGAUUCACUGUGAAAUAUACACCGAGUAUUACACGGAGUGACAACACUUUCUUAUUCAAUACACGAGGAUAUUAGGUUAGGGUUGAAACUAAAGUUAACGAUUCGUCUGACUGAACGAUGCGGAACAGUAUCGUAGCUAUCGCCAUUCUACUUUGUUACACUAUUCAUGUGGCGUCUUCGGAGAAAGAAUGGAUGACAUGGACUGAAUGGACCGCGUGCUCCACCACGUGCGAGUUCGGACUGCGACAGCGAGUUUCCCGCCUGGAGAAUGAGGACGGAAGCAUGAGUAACAGCACAAGAACAGACCAUGCAAGCUGUUUAAAUGAUGUCAUGUGUCCCGUGGCGGGUAACUGGACGAGCUGGACUCCCUGGAGUCACUGCUCCAUGCCGUGUGGGAUGGGCCAGCAGAAGCGGGUCCGCCAUUGUGCGAACCCCUCUCCCGCCUACAAGGGGGCGAACUGUGCCGGACCGGACGAGCAAACCCAGGAGUGCAAGAAACAGCGAUGUCCACCUAUUCCUCCCGACUUUUCCAUGGAUAUGUGCGCAGACGAACAUCGGAUGUUUCUGUGUCGCAGCGCCAUUCAAUGUGUGAACAAAACAUUUGUGUGUGACCGGAAGGUGCACUGCCAUGACGGAAGUGACGAAAUGAGUUGUUACAGAUAUCAUAGUUCAAAAGCUUCCGUCUCCCUCCAGAACCUGGUUUCCACAGUGAUAACAACAGCUCUCUGUCUGGUGUUUGUCGUUCUGAGUUCCUGACAACGUCACCACCAAAUAUACUUUCGAUUUUAACACUUCAAAUUGUUUUUGAGAAACUCAAAUAAGUGGUGCUGUGAAGGUUUUUAAUAAUGAAUUUGAUAUUCGGUUGUGUUGUAGUACAGUGUAAGUGAUGUUGUUGUUGUGUGUUUUUAUGCUAGAGUUACUUUCCCUUCAGACAAAUAAUUUUGUGAUUUCCAAUCAUUUAAUGUUUGUAAGAAACAAACCGGACUACAGUGCUGUGUUUAAACUGUUAUAUGGACAGGGAUUAAUUAGCGGAAUAUGAAGAUCAGAUUUUUUUUUUUUUUCUGGUUAGAGAUUCUUCUCUUUUCCCUGUCCGAUACCAAGACUUUAAAGAAUGAUAAAUAUUUUUGAUGAUAAAUACUUACAAUACUUGCCCACCUAACUUACGAUUGAUACUUAAAUGCGAAUUUAGAGCAUGCUUUUCGUUUGCUUCUCUUUUUAUAUAAUAAAUAUGACAUUGUGUAGGUAUGCUAUGCGUACUUGAGUUGUUAAUAAUAAAAUCGUUUGAGUGUUUGAGAUAGAAUUCCAUUGGACGGGUGUAAAAAUGUGUCCUGCACUCUCCUUAUAACAUACUGUGUAUACAAGUAACUACGUACAACUCAGGUCUUGCUGGAAAUUCGCUAUUAAAUUUGCGAAGUAUUGGAGUACACACUUACUUUGAAUAACUUAAUAUGAUGUCCAAAAUAUCACUUUAGAUAUUCUGUAAAUAUUUUAAUCUUUUAAAUGAUAUUUGAUUUGUAAUAAUGAUAUUUAUAGUACUCUAUAUACAAAUACUUGUAGUUACAUUUACAUUGUAUAACUAUACAUCAAGUCUUCCGAGGAUAUUUUUAGAAUCGUUCUUGCCAGUACCCCAGACGUGUUUGUAUUGGAUUGGGGUGUGGUCGGUGGUGAUGUGAUACAAACAUUAUAUUGGGUACACUUAAGAAAUGAAUAUUUUAGCAAAUGUUGUUUUGGUCCUAUAACACACAUUGUUAUUGAUGACCAACUUAAUAAAGCCCAACAGUAUUUUAUGUAAGUUUGUCAGCAAUAGAAAUGUGCGUUAUAUUAAUUUUACUUAAGGUAACGCGCAUCAUGGAGUAUGUUUGAACGGAACUGUGAUGCAUCCCCUCAUAAAUAUUAAAAAGGUGCACUUCAAACCGUAUAUUUACGUUCGAUUACACUAAUUUUAUUAUUUGAAAUUAAGAAUAAAUAUUUUUUUUACGUCAAAAAGCAAUACACCGUCCUGAAAACAACAUUAAUUGAACAGCUUUUUUCGCGAGAAAGAUGAUGCUUAGUCAAUGGUGACAAAAUACACAGUUGAGCAAUAAACAAAUAGAUCCACUUUGCAUAUUUUUAAUAAUUUAAUUUACAUACCAGCUUGUUUAAUAUGCAUUGCUUAUCUUUAAAAUUGAUAUGUGAUCUCAAUUUGAAACAAGAUACUCUGUAACAUAUUUAGUUACAAAAAGUCGGAAAUUUAUUCUGUGUUCGCGAAGGUAGCUGACCGAUAAACAACGGUCGGUCGUCAGGCAACGAGGGGUGGUGACUGCUUACAUAGUGAGGUCAGAGGUCAUAUAACGGUACAUGUAGUACUGUUAAUAUAUUAAUACACACUUGCUUUUAUUGAAUGAUAACAACAUUUUGAAGUGGUAGUGUUAUCUAGAGGGACUGCAACAUAAAUGUAAAUAUAUAGCAUUUUUUGUUAAAAUAGUCAUUAUUUAUAUUUACAUUUUGAUAGAGUAGUUACGCUUUAUUUAGUUAUAUCGAACAGUUCUUUGAACAGCAAAUUAAGUCUUGACAACAAUGAAACUGAUGAUGUUACAAUAGCAAAUGGUGCUUUAGUCUCGCAACAACAUUUGCCUCCUCAAUGCAUUGUAAGUACUAGUUUAUUGUCCACAUGUGGCUUUACGUACGCUGAUAUGUAUUGUUAUUGUCAAUAUUUGACAUUCAUCUUAAUAUACAUUGAUAUUAUACCAGUGAGUGCUUUUAGAAUUAUAAAUAGAUUUAAUGUACACAUGCACGUGAUCUCAUACACGUGGAUUGAAUUGUAAUAAAAUGCACGUUUGUUUAGUCAACCAAUCUAUUCGAAACUAGACUUGUGAUUCUGCUCCUCCACGAUACACUCCAAUACUCUUGUAUUGUAUCAUAGAAAAGUGGAAUUGCAAUUCUAAUUUUAAUGAGAUUGUUAAGUCAAAAUGUGGCAUUUUAAUUUAUCAUUUAUGAUUUCACCGAUUAUCACUAUUGUCAAUGAAGACAUAGCGUAUUUUCAGCGAAUCAAAUGCUCCACAAAUGAUGAGUGUUUUAACAGCCGACACACUUUAAUAUAAACUUUUUUUUAUUUUACAACAAUUAUGAAACUAGUUAUUUCAACUUAUAUUAAUAACUCUUGUUG